AUAAACCACACACUGCCCAAACUCGAUCAGUUCUAUUAUUUCCUUCGUAUAUAUAUAUGAUCAUAUUAUAUAUAUAUAUAUAUAUAUAUAUAUAUAUAGCCAAGUCUAGUUGCUCUACUUCGUCCAGAUAUUAUUAUGGCUAAUGAAGAUCCUGGAGAGGAGUCUGGUCAUACCACUGAUGAUCAUAUCAGAAUAGACAUAAGGCAUUGGGAAUCUGAAUUUUCUGGUCUGAUCAUUUACAGAAUUCCCAGAAAGCUUCGCAAGGUAAACCAAUCUGCUUACACUCCUCAACUUGUUUCCAUUGGUCCUUUUCACUAUGGCAAUGGCCUUUUGAGUGAAAUGGAAACUGUCAAAUCCGAAUAUUAUUAUCCCAGUUUUCUUAAACGUUUUGACAAAAAAAUCAAAGAGGAUGAUCUCAAAAAGGUCAUAAAAGAUUGCUCUGACAACCUACGCCAUAGUUAUGAAGGGAUCCCAGCUAAGUUGUUAGGGGAUGAUGAUGAUUACAAACUGUUCGAGGAAAUGAUUCUCAGAGAUGCUUGCUUCAUACUUGAGCUUUUUCUGAGGAAUGUUAGUGACAGCGAGCAAGAGCGUAAGAGGGAUUGUAUCUUAAGAAUUCCAUGGUUGAGGAAAGCUAUCAAGCUUGACUUGAUUUUACUUGAGAACCAAAUUCCUUUUUUUGUUCUAGAAAAAGUCUAUCAAGUUGUCAAAGAACACCUCCCUCCUGUCAGAAUUCCCAGUUCAAAGUCCAGCUGUUUCAGCUCUAAUUGCGAUUCUGUGGAUCCACAUAUGAUGUCAUCAUGCCGCUGUUUCUUUGGUGGUACCUCUUUAACUUGCUGCCAAGUUGAAAAAUCAAGCCCCCAAAAAGCGGCUGAUCAUGUUGAUCAAGGAGGUGUCUGUACAAAUCUUUGUAAUGAUACCCUUCUGAAACUCACUCUUUAUUUCUUUGAAGAGCAUUACUUGACUGAAACCUGCGGAAGGGUAAAAGUUCAGGACAUCGGAGAUAUCAAACACUUCACUGAUUUGAUCAGAGAGUUUUGGCUUCCGAGGAAAAUCAUGGAGAACAUGAAACCAGGAGGCGCAGAAAGCAUAACAGAGAGGAAGUACCUCUACUCGGCGACAAAGCUUGAUACAGCCGGUGUGACUUUUGAGCCUGCGCGCAAAGGAACAUGCUUAAGUGAUGUGAAGAUCUCUAAGAAGAAGAUUAUUCUCAAGUUCAUACCAAUCAUAAAGGGUAUGCGGCUGAAGCUUCCCGAGUUGAAGUUAGAGAAUGACACAGAGAGUCUGCUGAGAAAUGUGAUGGCCUUGGAGCAGUGUCUUUACCCUGAUGAGGACUACAUAUGUGGCUAUGUGGCUCUCAUGGAUCAACUCAUAAACACUGGUGGAGAUGUUGAGUUUCUUGUGGACAAGAAGAUUCUGACCAACUUGCUUGGGAGUCACAAGGAAGCAGCCAAGUUGAUCAACGGUCUUUGCAAUCAGAUUCCCCGGGAGAAGUCUUACUAUGCUAGAUUUUACAAUGAACUCAAUACGUUUUAUGAGAAUCGUUGGAAUGUUACCAGAGCAACUCUGAAAAAGGUUUACUUUAAGGAUCUUUGGACUGGUAGUUCUACCGUUGUUGGACUUUUUGUGUUGCUUUUUACAGUCUCUGCUACACUUAAGAAUGUCUACUUUAGACAUCUCUAAUAACAGCAUAUAUGUUAAUACUACUUUGGCAUAUGAUUGUUAGAGAUCACUUCUGCAAUGAUCCACUCAAAAUAAGGGUGUGACUUUUAAUUAUUUGUAUAAUAUUAGUAAGUACUUUGCAAUAAAAUGAAAUGAAUGUAGUUGUUAGCAUGAAA